CGGCCGUUACCUGCGGAGCCGAGCGGAGCCGAGGCGUCGGGCAUGGGGGUCCCGGGGCUCUGCCCCGUCCCGCCGCUGCUCCCGCUGCUGCUGCUGCUGCUCCCGCUCCCGGCCGGGACCGUCCUCCCGCACGGCCUCCGCGGCCCCCGCACCCGCCUGCCCCUGCCCGAGGUGGAGCCCUCGGUGUUACGCUUCUCUUGGCCCGGGGUCAGCAACUACAGCGUGCUUGUGGCUGACGUCCUCUCCCAGACCCUCUACGUGGGGGCCCGAGACGCCAUCUUCGCCCUGCCCCGGGGACCCGGAGACCCUCGCAGGAUCGACUGGAAGGUUCCGGACAAACACAGAGACACCUGUAGGAAAAAAGGAAAGAAGGAGGCGGAGUGUCACAACUACAUCCGCAUCCUCGAGUUCGUCAACCGGACCCACAUCUUCGCCUGCGGCACCUUCGCCUUCGACCCGCAGUGCGGAUUCGUCGACACGCGGAGUUUCCGCCAAGUGGAGCGUCCGGAGAGCGGCCGGGGCCGAUGUCCCUUUGACCCAGCUCAGUCCUCGGCAGCCGUGAUGGUCGGGGGCGUCCUCUACGCCGCGACCGUGAACAACUUCCUGGGGUCGGAGCCGAUCAUCUCGCGGGCCACGGGAAGUCCGGACCAACGGGUGCGGACGGAGAAUUCGGCCGUCUGGCUCAAUGCCCCCAGGUUCGUGGCAGCCGAGUUCGUGGAGGGGGACGCAGGAGAGGACGACGAGAUCUUCUUCUUCUUCACCGAGACGGCCCGGGAGUACGGCUCCGGCGAGAAGCUGACCGUGCCUCGCCUGGCCAGGGUGUGCAAGGGGGACCUGGGGGGUCUGAAGACCCUGCAGAGGCGGUGGACCACGUUCCUGAAGGCCUCGCUGCUCUGCCCGGCCCCCGACCUCGGCCGAAGCCUUCCGGUCCUGCGGGCCGUGGUGACCCUGACCUCCACGGCCCAGGGCGGGGACGGGGACCCCCUGCUCUUCUACGGACUCUUCUCCUCCCAGCGGGACGGCCCAGAGACCUCUGCCAUCUGCACCUUCAGCAUGAAGAACAUCCAAGAAGCCCUGAGGGGCCACUUCAAGGAAUUCGAACGAGCCUGCGACAGAUGGAUCCCGGUGACGGACGGGAGCGUCCCCCAGCCUCGGCCUGGGAGGUGCAUCCCCAGCGGCACGAAGGGCCCCGGCUACGGCUCCUCGCUCUCUCUGCCGGACCGGGUCCUCGCGUUCGCCCGCGAUCAUCCCCUCAUGGACCAGGCCGUCCGUCCCGACGGGAGUCGCCCCUUGCUAAUCAGCGAGGACACUGCUUAUCGCCAGCUCACUGGGCACAGGGUGGCCAGCCUGUCCGGCAAGGAGUACGACGUGCUCUACCUGGGAACAGAGCAAGGCCACCUGCACAGAGCGGUGAGGAUCGGUCCGCAGAUCUUCGUCCUGGAGGCCCGGGAGCUGUUCAAGGAGCCUCAGCCGGUCCAGAGCCUGCUCCUCCGAGGGGAUUGGCUGGCCGUGGGCUCCGGAGGGGAAGUGACCAGGGUGAACACGACGGACUGCGGGCGGCAGCGGACGUGCCAGGACUGCGUGUUGGCCAGAGACCCGGCCUGCGCCUGGAGCUUGGGGCUGGGGUCCUGCGUCGCCCACCGGGACGGGGACCCCGAGGGGUUGGUCCAAGAUAUCGAGUCCGCCGACAUCUCCGCCCUCUGCCCCAAGGAGAAGGCAGUGAUGCCGGCGGAGGCGGAGGUGCCCGUGGUCCCGGCGGCUCACGUGGUCCUGCCCUGCUCUCCCCGUUCGUCGUGGUCGUCCUGCGUGUGGCACCUCCCGCCCGGCACCCGGGGGCCCGUGGCGCAGCGGCCGGACGGGCUGGAGUUCCCGGUGACCCGGGUGGCCCUGGGCCAGUACACCUGCGAGUGCAGCGAGGGGGGCGCGGCCCGCGUGGUGGCCGCCUACCGCCUGGUGUGGGGCGGCCGGGGGUCCCCCGAGCGGGUCCGGCGUUCCCGGGAGCGGGGCUACGCCGUGGCCGCGGGCCUGGCCUGCUUCGUCCUGGGCUUCGCCGCCGGCGGCCUGGCCUUCCUGGGUCACGGGCGGCGCAGGCGGAGGCGACGGCAGCGGGAGCUCCUGGCCCGAGACAAGGCCGGCCUGGACCUCAUCCCGCCGUCGGGCACCACCAGCUGCAGCCACGAGCCCCACACGCCCAGCUCCCCCGAGGACGAGCGUCACCCCCUGGCCGGGGCCGCCAAGAACGGCCCCAACGGCUUCCCUCCGUCCUACCAGCGGGGGUUCCCGGACACGGACCGGGCCCGGAUCUUCCUGGCCGAGGCGCCCCUGGCCAGGUGCGACGAGACGUCCAUCUAGGGCCGCCCGCCGCCUCCGGGACGGGGUGCCCGGAAGGGGCGGGGGCGG